CUUCAAUAGAACUUGCGAGAGUGCGCAAACGCCAUGGCGCUGAGUGGGUUGAAGAAUCUGGUCAACUCCGCCGUGUCCGAGGAGAGGCAAAAGUCUCAGGGGCACACAGCUGCUGCUCUGGGCCUUUUGCAGCGGCUGCCACCGAAGGACCUGGAGGCAGACUUGGAUGCCUUGGUCGCCAUAGCUCCAGAUCUGGAGCCAUCGCUGGCGCCGUACGUCACUCGCCCGCUGAAGGUCAAGGAAGACCUGAAGGCUAACAGGUACUUUAUCGUAUCGGAGUACAACUGCGACGGAGGUUCGCAUCGGUCCCCUUGGACCGACAGGUACAUUCCUGCACCCCCUGGUGGUGAUGCUGAAGAGGAGAGAUUUUUCAGGCCACCUGAGCGUCUCAAGCGCUUGGAGGAGACCUUCAACGAGGUCUUCGAGGCAUAUGCCACCAGCUACUACGAGGGCUGCGUCUCGUCGGUGUAUCUCUGGGACCUUGAGGAGGGCUACGCAGGCGCCUUUCUCAUCCGCAAAGAGCUCUCGAAGGUGCUAGGGGAUGGGAAGACGGGUGUAUGGGAUUCCGUUCAUGUCCUGGAGGUGCGUGAGGCGCCGAACUCCCACCAGGUGGACUUCAAGCUCUCAAGCUCCGUUCUUCUGCAUGCCCAGGUCUCGCCAAAAGCUGAGCAGACAGAGCUGUCUGCGCACCUGACGCGCCAGACCGACUCCAAGUUGGACCGGCGCAAAAAGUCUGGAGAGGAUGCCCAUAUUGUGCACAUUGGGAUGAUGAUAGAGGACAAUGAAAACUUCCUCCGUCACAGCCUGGGCUGCAUUCACCUGGCAAAGCAGCAAACUGUACUGGAUUCACUGCGAUCAGUGGAAGGAGCUCAGGCAAGUGAAGCACAGCGGGAAAAGAAGCACAGGCUUUUGCCGCAACUUCUGAGUUUUGACUCUCAAGGUGUCCCACAGAGAGUCGCAAAAAAUGAGGCCAAGCUUGAAAGAUAUGAGGGGUUUUUGAUGUUUCUGGACUUGUUGAUCCGCAGACACCAAGCUGGCAACAAGAUCAUCAAAGCAUGGAUGCCGUCAGAGUGA